AUAUUCUAAAUUAAUGGACUGGUAUUGUGCUUCUCAUAUUUAUGGCACUGUCCUGAGCACUUUACAUAUAUUAACUCAUUUAACCUCACUACGACCUUAUGAAAUUGGUAGUAUCACCAUCAUUCACAUUUCACAGAUGAGAACACAGAUGAGCAUGUGAAGGUGCAGAGACGCAAAUGUGCGGGACCUUGAGUCUGGCAGUGGCAAGAUGAAGGAGCCAAGCGCAUGUGGCAAGAGGUGUGCAUCCAGGUUCGAGCAGUUUGUGCAGCCCUGCCUGGCUGAACUGCUGGGCUCUGCCCUGUUCCUCUUCAUUGGGUGUCUGUCAGUCAUUGAGAACGGGACGGACACUGGACUGCUGCAGCCAGCCCUGGUCCACGGGCUGGGUACGGGGAUCAUGACCACCAUCUUCGGGAACAUCAGUGGUGGAUACUUUAACCCCGCGGUGUCCCUGUUGGCCACAGUCACCGGAGGCCUCCACCUGGUGAUGCUCAUUCCCUACUGGAUCUCCCAGCUGUGUGGGGCGCUGAUUGGGGCUGCCUUGGCCAAGGUGGUGAGUCCUGAGGAGAAGUUCUGGAAUGCAUCUGGGGCGGCCUUUGUGACAGUCCAGGAUGAGGGGCAGGUGGUGGGGGCGUUGGUGGCGGAGAUCAUCCUGACGGCACUGCUGGCGCUGGUUGUGUGCAUGACUGCCAUCAAUGAGAUGCACAGCCCUCUGGUCCCGUACACUGUCGGCCUUUCUGUCACCGUGUGUACUCUGGCAGGGGGUGCUGUGUCUGGAGCCUGCAUGAACCCUGCCCGUGCCUUUGGACCUGCUGUGAUGGCCAACCACUGGGACUUCCACUGGAUCUACUGGCUGGGCCCAAUCCUGGCUAGCCUGAUUGUAGGACUUCUCAUUAGGCUCUUCACUGGAGAUGGGAAAACCUGCCUAAUCCUGAAGAGACAAAGAAGCGGAACUGGUGGGAUUCCUCCUGCCUCAGAUGCCCUACGCUGA